GCUCGGUAACGCCGAAAACCCGCAGAGGCAUUUUUAUUGUAUAAACAAACUGAAAACAAAAUUACUGAUUUGGUAGAGUAUCAUUUUCUUUCUAAGCGAACAGCAUCGUUUCUACUUUAUAUCUUCUAUUUGUGCUAGCAUGCGUGACAAUCGUUAGUUUUAGCUGGCUAGCUAUCAAGCUAACCGCUACGGUUGUUUUGGUUAUUUACGUGAACGUUAACGUUACAUCGCCGCCGUAUGGGCUCAGCUGCCCUGUGUAGAAACGCUGGUAUGUUUGUCUUAGUGGAGUCAGGAAAUUAUUCCAUGUAUUAGAAUCUACGGAGGAAAAUAACUGUGUUCAUGUAAAUAGAAGGUAGUGUACCUGCUAGCUGCCUAGCUUACGCUCACGUCAAACGGCAGUAGUCCAGCUUUCGCUUAGCGCCAUUGGGGACCGUCUGGCUCGUCCCUCGCCCCGAACAGAGGACGUCUGGUGAGCUGAAAAAGGCUCUUUGGGAACCGGAUCCAAUGCGUGGGAUGAUGGGGGCCCAGAGUAGUCCUGUGAAGAGUUACGAUUAUCUGCUGAAAUUUCUUCUGGUGGGAGACAGCGAUGUUGGAAAGGGAGAAAUCUUGGACAGUUUACAAGACGGAUCAGUGGAGUCUCCCUAUGCCUACAGCAGCGGGAUCGAUUAUAAGACGACCACAAUCCUGCUGGAUGGGAGACGCGUGAAAUUGGAGCUAUGGGACACAUCAGGUCAGGGGAGAUUCUGCACCAUCUUCAGGUCUUACUCCCGAGGAGCACAGGGCAUCCUUCUCGUCUAUGACAUCACUAAUGGCUGGUCAUUUGAUGGCAUUGAUCGCUGGAUCCGGGAAAUUGACGAGCAUGCCCCAGGUGUUCCCAGGAUCCUGGUGGGCAACCGGCUCCACUUGGCUUUCAAGCGGCAGGUGCCAACGGAGCAGGCGAGGGCUUAUGCAGAGAAAAACAGCAUGACUUUCUUUGAGGUCAGCCCCCUGUGCAACUUCAAUGUCAUCGAAUCCUUCACUGAGCUUUCGCGCAUCGUGCUGAUGAGGCAUGGGAUGGAGAAAUUCUGGAGGCCCAACAGAGUAUUCAGCCUUCAAGAUCUGUGCUGCCGUUCGAUUGUCUCCUGCACACCGGUGCACCUCAUUGACAAACUGCCUCUCCCCGUUGCCAUCAAGUCCCACCUCAAGUCUUUCUCCAUGGCCAACGGCAUGAAUGCAGUCAUGAUGCAUGGACGCUCCUACUCAGUGGCCAACAGUGCUGCGUCAGGUGGCAGCGGUGGCGGAAGCAAAGCCAACAGUCUCAAACGCUCAAAGUCCUUCAGGCCUCCACAGAGUCCUCCAAAGAACUCUUCGUCGUCCUCCAAAGGGAACUGUAAGAUCUCAUAGUGAAGGAGCGGACUAUUGGUUGCCUCCAUGGGACCGAUGUUAAUCGUGUUGUCGCUCCAAGAGGUCGCAAGACCGGAGAAGAGCAUGUAGAGCUACCAGCAGAAGCGGAUAUAGCUACAAACUCACAUUGACCUUUGGGAACUGACUUGAACGGUCGGAUUGGUUGUGUUCUCUUAGCGUUUGCUGGUGCCUCACUUUGUGGAUGUCCAUUUACCUGCACUCUGUUACUAAAAGAGGAUCACUGUGAUCAAGUAGAACAAGAUUUCCCUGGGACCAACAGAUGUGAAUCAAGGAUUUUCACUCACCUGGUAACACUACAAAUGAGUGGAGGGACAUUGGGUAGCUUUUAUUUGGAGAAAGGAUUGUUUAUUGUAUUUAAUUUGGAAUUGAAGUUGUAAAUAUACUGUAUGUGCUCGCUGUUUUUGGUGAUUGUUCUUGGAGGGGAGCUCGUUAUGCUUGUUUUGUCUUGAAUGUUGUGGGAGACCCACUUUGAUUUCCAGCAUAUUUGUGUGUCUUGUACCCUUCGUCCAGAGCUCAAAAUCUCUUUUGCAACCUUAACCUUAUUUAAAAGUGAGAUUAGUUAAGUUUGAAACAAAACUGAAAUUGAAUGUCAUAGGAAGAGCAGGGCUUGCUUCCCCAGAUUCUGAGAUUACAGCAAAAUUCACAAGUUAUGCAUUGCAAAAUAUUCUUUGUCUGGUAUGACUUAAAUUAAUUUUCCCCUCAAUCUCAGUCAGCCAUCAGUUAGAUAUCUGUCAACUUUCUCCGACCAUUGUACGCCUAUACAUUUUAAUCUACCAGCAGCAUUUUUAUUCUACUAUUCUUGGGUUAACUCAGAGGUCGCUUGGUGCUGAUGAGGAAACCUUGUACAAACUCAGAUGUCAAGAUUAUUUGUGGCGUUUUGCCUUAAGAAAGUUUUGCUAUUGGUUCUUAACAGGAAUUUGUAAACUCACAGGACAUUAAUAAGAGGAAUAUUUUAAUUUUGCAAUUUUUUGGGGAUAUUUUCUGUAUAUGCUAUGUAUUUAUGAAUGUAAAAAUAUUCAUCUGCAACUUUUCUGUGGAUUUAUGGUGAUAUGUGGGACUGUAGGAAUCAGAGGUGGAAUGUAAUGGGUACAUCUACUGUAAUAUUUUGAGUGAUGUUGCGUUGCUGAUUUUCUGAGUAUUUGCGCAUCUAUACUUUUGCGGCUUGGGUUAAUUCAUACAGUCCAACAUUCUUAAAAAUGUGUAUAAUACGAGGGGUUACAAUUGUCAUUUAUAGUGAAACAUUAAUUUUGAAUGUUUGGUUAUCAAUUAUCAAAUUAUUUAAAAGAAACGUGAUGUCAGAUGAAUUUGAAGACCUCAGAAAGGACGCAAAGUCUUGUGUCUUUUUAAUCCGAACACAACUAUUUAAAUUUUUUUAGUGUCUCUUUUUUAAUAAUCCACAAAAAUACUGUCAUUCCCAGUCAACUUUCCACCUCUGAUUAACGUGCUGUAUUUCCACUUCAGCAUUCCCAACGUCAUGGCUACAUGUAUGAGAUAAAGUCGCCUAGGGGAUACAAAAUUGAUGCACGUUUCCCACUUACACCUGUUUAUGUGUAUUGAGAUCAGUACAACAGGCUCCAACAAAACUCUUGAGCAAACAUUUAAAAGCACUAUGUAAACAUUUUGUUGUUGUUGGUGUCAGAGCUGUGCCUAAAGGUUUGGAUGCAGGAUUCAUUAUAAUUUUGUCUCCAUAGGCAGGAUUGAAAACAAAACCACCCAUCAGAAUAAAGGGUAAAACUACA